GAAUGGUUGAUAAGCACUUCACAAAACGUCAAUUCCCUCUUUGGCUAGGCAGACGUCCAGAACUGACUCUACCGAAGGAUUAUGAGGAAGAGCUUUCGGAAGGUGAAGAUCCUGGAGAUAUCUUUGAUCCCGAAGGACUUGAGCGUUGUACCGCUCAUCAAUUGCCUAUGUUUGAGGGCAAAACUCGUAUCAAAAUGCUGAAAAGAUCUGGUGUUCAGGUGCAAAAGGAUGCUGUUGAAACUUUGGAAUCUAUCCGACAAUCACGCAUCAUGUGCGGAUGUCAGUGUGACGGGAUCUGCAUAGCGGACACAUGUCAAUGCGCUUUGGACGGAAUUGGUUGUCAGGUGGAUGGUCCAGAUGAGUUUGGAAGAUCACAUCCGUGCUCUUGCACAUCGGUGGGAUGUUCAAACCCUUAUGGAAGAAUAGAGUUUGACCCUGAGCACGUCAAAAAUCACUAUCGAAUAACGAUGAUGCGAAUGCACCAUGCUGAGCAGAAGGUGAGUGAAGGUAUCUACGAUUCUCCUCAACGAAUACGUUUCAACUCUGACGGAGAGCCUGAAUCGGUUUCCCACUUCACACCUCCACCAAUCAGAGUGAGUCAUUAUUUGUUCUGUUGUAAGUUGCCUAGGAUUUAGUU